AUGGCAAUGGAUUUAGGAAUUCCAUCGGACAUAGAAAAUCCAAAUGAUAAAACAAACCCAAUAAAUGAAAAAAAUAAAAUCAAAGUAACUGAUUAUACAAAAAGUGAACUUAAAACGAAAAGGAAGUUUACUAUGAUCACUGCCUUAGCUCAAUACUUCCUUGGAUUGCG